AUGGCGUCAGAUGCGGCGCCGGGUCAGCUCGGCGCGCGAUGGACUCCUCCGGGAGGUGGCGCUGACGGGAAGGCGGAAGGGAGUAGCGGCGGUAGUACCGGCGGUGGUCUGCGUGUGAACAACAGCCUGUGUAUCGAGAAAGUACCGUUUGUUCCGCAAAACGGACGACGAGUCACGUGGUACAUCUGCGGCCCUACAGUGUACGACUCGUCGCACAUCGGCCACGCGCGAACGUACCUCUCCUUCGAUAUUAUCCGCCGCAUUCUUGAGGACUAUUUCGGGUAUGACGUGUUCUAUGUGAUGAACGUGACUGACGUGGACGAUAAGAUCAUUGUGAGGGCCAGGAGGGAUUACCUCAUCAAGCAGUACCUCCACGCCACGUCAGAUGCCGCCCAGGUGUUGGCAGACACGCAAGCAGCGCUGGGAGCAGCAGUGGAGAAACAACGGGGCGUGGUUGAGGGGUUGAAGAAGACAGCAGAGGGGGAGGGCAACGAGAAGAAGAAAGAGACGCUGCUGCAGCAGGCCGCACAGGAGGAGCUCAAACUGCAGCAGCUGGAAGGGGCGGCGAAGGCUGUCUUGGAGCGGCUGGGCCCGGCGUAUGAAGUGGAGUUCUUUGAGGAUAUGAAGGCGCUUGGAGUGCGGCCACCUCACGUGCUGACACGUGUCACAGAGUACAUAGACGCAAUUGUCAACUAUGUGGACACGAUAAUCAAGAAUGGUUUUGCAUAUGCCGCCAACGGGAGUGUCUACUUUGACACCAAGGCCUUCAAGGAAUCGGGCCACAUGUAUGGGAAGCUCUGCCCGUGGUCCGUGGGCAGCGCUGAGCUGGCAGCGGAGAGCGAAUCAGACUUUGCCACGUCAGAGAAGCGCAACCGGAGCGACUUCGCCCUGUGGAAGGCCAGCAAGGCCGGGGAGCCAUCGUGGCCGUCCCCUUGGGGCGAUGGACGGCCAGGAUGGCACAUUGAGUGCUCUGCCAUGGCGUCAGAUAUCGUUGGGUUUCCCAUGGACAUCCACUCAGGGGGCAUCGACCUGCGGUUCCCCCAUCACGACAACGAGUUGGCACAAGCGGAGGCGUUUCACGGGUGCGGGCAGUGGGUGAACUACUUCCUGCACGCGGGGCACCUGCACAUCGAGGGGCUCAAGAUGUCCAAGUCGCUCAAAAACUUCAUCACCAUCCGCCAGGCUCUAGAGAAGUACAGUGCGCGCCAGUUCAGAUUGCUCUUCCUGCUGCAGGCCUGGGACAAGCCAAUCAACUAUGGGGAGGGUGCGAUGGCGGAUGCGGUGGGAAGGGAGAAGCAGCUCAGAAACUUCUUCCAAACCGUUCAGGCUGAAAUUCGCGCGGCAGGGGAGCAGGGCGAGGAGGCGUGGAGCGAGCUGGAGAAGACCCUGAACGCUGCUGUGGCUUCAGCACAGGCUGAGGUCCGCACUCGCCUGGAGGACAAUUUCGACACGGCGGGAGCCAUAGCAGCGCUUUUUGACCUCAUCUCAGCCACCAACGUCUACCUCAAAGACACAUCCGCCAAGAAACGCCGCCCACGGCCCCUCCUGCUGCAGUCCGCCGCCCAGUUUGUCUCCCGGAUCCUGCAGGUCUUUGGUCUGCUGGACUCGAGUCUAGACUCGUUUGGCAUGACAGCAGCAGGAGCAGCAGCAGGGGCUCAGGGCGAGCAAUCCAAGGAGGCAAUUGUGCUGCCCUACAUCCAAGGCUUUUCAACUUUCCGUGACGAUGUGCGGGCUGCAGUGCGAAGGAACGCAACCAAGGAUGAGCUGCUGUCGCUAACUGACAAAGUGCGAGACUACGCGAUGGUGGACCUUGGGAUUCGCUGCGAGGACCGGGGUGGAGCGGGGGCGGAGGCAGCGGUGGUGAAGCUGGAUGAUCCCAAGGUGCUGCGAGCAGAGCGGGAUGAGCGGAUCGCCAAGGCUGCUGCUGAGGCCAAGCGGAAACUGCAGACGAAACUGGCUGCUAAGGUGAAGGACUUGGACCGGUGGCAAUCUGCCUCUGUACCUCCGUCUGAGAUCUUCCGGAAGGCGGCGGACAAGUACAGCGCGUGGGAUGAGAAGGGCGUGCCCACGCAUGACAAGGACGGCAAGGAGCUGUCUGCUAAAGCCAAGAAGGGCGUGGAUAAGGAGCUGAAGAAAGCAGAGGAGGCAUUUGCCAAGUACCAGCAGAAGAUGGGAGAGAAUCCCGGGUUCCUGGAUUCACUCAGAGAGGAGGUUGCCAGGCUGGAAGCUGAGCUGGCAAAGUGA